AUGGGUUCUUUAACUUGGCUAGUUAAUCAACUUUGGAAUGCCGAGAAAAGUGGAAAGGCAGUUUACAUUUUGUCACAUAUUCCUCCAGGCGAUGAAGAGUGCCUUGAAAGUUGGUCACGAAAUUAUUACAGAAUUGUUAUAAGAUUUGAACAAACAAUUAGAGGCCAAUUCUUUGGACAUACUCAUUAUGAUAGUUUUUCCAUCUUUUUUACUGAUAUGAACAAUAGAGGCACUGCACCACUUUCUGUAUUAUUUACUGCCCCAAGUGUUUCGACUUUUGAAGAGCUUAAUCCAGCAUAUAGAAUUUAUAGUGUAAAUCCAACAGAUUGGGAAAUAUUGGAUUAUGAGACUUAUUUUUUAAAUUUAUCAAACACAAAAACUUCCAAGGAAUCCCCAAAAUGGGAAUUUCUUUACUCUGCCAAAGAUGAAUAUAAUUUAAAAGAUUUGAGUGUUACAGAGUGGAAUGAAUUAAUUAAAAGAAUUGAAAGAGAUCCAGAAAUUUCUAGAAAAUUUAAUAAAAAUUAUGUUCGCCGAGAUGAUGUAUUUUGUGGAAAGAAAUGUUUAGAAAAGAGAAUUUGUUUAAUACGUGCAUCACAUCAUAAUCAGAAGGAAUUGUGUAAGGAUGAGAAUAAAAAUAAAAGGAUAAAAUUAAAAUUAAAGGCAAUCAUGAAUUUUUUUAAUUUUUAA